CCAAAAGCACCAUAUCUAACAGUCAAGAUCAUGAAGAUAAUAAUAGCGGGCGCACAUGGCUCAGUCGGUCAACGACUUGUCCACCUCGCUCUCAAAUCCCCAGAGUGCCACACCGUCCUCGGACUGGACUUCUCGCCUCAUCCUGCGCCCUCACCAUAUCUGGGUCAGCCACCGAUCAAUUAUGAUGUCGAGGAGGCUAGGAAGGAAGGGAGGUACACGUUCAUGCAGAUUGAUUUGAAGGAGUAUGAGGAUGUGGUGAGGGUCAUGGAGACGUGGAUUGGGAAUAGGGUGGGCGAAGGAGUCGAUGACGGGGUGGGACUCGCCAAUUUGGCCGGGAUAAGGAAUCCGAGUGAUGGAAUUGUGAAGACACAUAAUACGAAUGUCGUGAUUUCGUGGAAUUUGUUGAGGGCUUGUGCCGAGCUAGGUAUCAACCGAAUUGCACAAGCCUCGAGCGUUAAUGUACUGCGUGGCGUAUAUAGCGAAACACCCGAGUUCCAUUACUUUCCGAUUGACGAAGAACAUCCGUGUGAACCUGACGAGCCCUACGGGCUAUCAAAGAUAAUCAUGGAAACCCAAGCAUGCACCCUGACACGACGAUAUCCACACAUCCGAAUCGCCUCCCUCCGUCUGCACUGGUCAGUACCUACUCGAUCCGAUUCAAUACGGACGAAUAAACCGAAAGCAGCGGCCGAUUUGUGGGGAUGGGUACAGGAGGACGAAGGUGUCAGGGCGUUCUUUGUGGGCAGGAAUGCGACGGGGACGGGAUGGAAAGGCCACGAAACAUUUUAUAUCGUUGCCCCGGAUUUACAGAUGCUGGAUACAGCAGAGGGGGUUGUGGACGGGAUGCAGUUGAAACAGGAAUGGUGGCCUGCUGCGAAGGUCAGGGAGGGGUGUAUCGUGCCGCGGAGAAGAGGUUUCUACGACUGUACCAAGGCGGAGCGGAUGUUAGGCUGGAUUCAUGAGGCGUACUAA